ACCUGCUCACACUUUGCCCACGCUAUUGCAGCACGCGUCACGAUUCAAGACGAUCCUAGGCAGGAAUUCUUUACCUUAGAUUCAACAUCCUCUAUCGUCAAACCCCAACUAUCAACCGGUGCAUUACGGCCUUUUCCCAUCAGCAUCUAGAUUAUCCAUCCAAGAGAAGUCAAAAUGGGCUGGCUGUGGACAACCAAAUCUUCUUCCAAAUCCCCUGCGCCCGACCAGUCCGCACAGAACGAGACACCGUCGCAACCAUCCUCCUCUAGCCAACCCCUUUCUUCUUCGUCAAAAGCCACAGAAAACGACGUUGACCCCGAGAUCCAAAAGUUCAUGGCCCUCUUCCAGCCCGACGCAACAAAACCAGACAACUCUCGACCCGAAGCAGCAACCUCAACACAAACGCAACCACCCUCCUCACCCUCCGCCUCUUCCGCAACCACUUCCUCCCCCUUCUCAUGGCUCCCGCUCAAACCCUCACCAACAGCCAACACCGCUCCUCCGGGCCCAGAGGACCAAGAGCCCGCGCCGACACUGAGCCCGCUCGCCGAAUCCCUCCUACCCACGGAAAUGUCAUGCCGCCAGGCCUUCGACAUGGCCUUCUACUGCCAGUCCGUCGGCGGCCAGUGGAACGCCAUCUACCGCGAAGGGUCCGUCCGCUCCUGCAACGACCACUGGGCCGAUUUCUGGGCCUGCAUGCGCAUCAAGGGCUACCAGGGCCCCCUCCGGGACGAGGCCGUCCGGGAGCACUAUCGCAACAAGGAGCACGCCAAGUACGGCUCCGGUCGUCCCAGCAGCGAGGACGUCUGGGAAGCCCGCUCCGCCAAGGUCCCGCCUGGCACCGCGUUCACCACUCCUCUGGGAGAGAAUAGCGUCAACGAUGAGGAGUGGCAAAAGAUGGAACUCGAAAGGCGUAGGCGCAUCAGGCAGGAACUGGGCUAUGAAGGAGACGAACGGGCAUCGUAG